GCGUCAGAUUCUGUCAUGGCUCCUCCUGUCUCAACACUGUGUAACAGUGUCCUCUACUGGCGUCUCUUUGUCAUUACAAGCACUACAAAUGGUAAACAGAAGAAGGCGGAUGUCUGGGAUGUGACCAGAGCCCGUUAUUUUGGACGGACAGGCCCGAAUUCGUCUGGUGGGUUCCUGCUGUUUUAGAACCAAGGGGGGGGAAGACGCAGGUCACUGAUUGAUUUUGUUUCUCCAAGAUUGCACAUCGAUCCCUGCGGUACCGACACGUCAGACGUCUGGGUUGUUACCAUGCGUUCUUCCACUACAUACGCUGCUGUGCUCUGUCUCCUUGCCGGGGCAGUGACAGCCAUUCAGACCCCCAAGAAAGUAUUUCUGGAGAAGCAGCAGGCCACCUCGCUGAUCUCCCGUCAGAAGAGAAAUGCUGGAGCGUCCAACUUGGAGCAGGCUUGCAUGGAGAGGGUGUGCAGCUAUGAGGAAGCCAGGAAGUAUUUCCAGGACUCGUAUCGCACGGACAUUUUCUGGUCUGUCUACAUUGAUGGAGACCAGUGUGCUGAAAAGCCCUGCAAGAAUGGAGCCAUGUGCUCCGACAGUGUUGGAGGCUAUGACUGCGUCUGCAAGUCAGGUUUCACGGGAGUCCACUGUGAAAAAGAUGAGACUCUUUGCACGCUGGAAAAGGACAAGGGCUGCUCACAGUUUUGCAAACCGGGCUACACGUCCUACGAGUGUUCCUGUGCCCGAGGCUGGAGGGUCAAAGACAAGGUCAAGUGUGAAGCUGCAGUCAGAUACCCGUGUGGUCAGGUGAACUAUCUGCCUCAGUGGAAGAACAGACAGUCAAGUCUUUCUUCCAGUGACUUUGAUGGACUUUCUUGUACGGUAUCCGAGUGUCCUUGGCAGGCUUUCUUGAAGACUUCAGAGUCUCAGGGCUUCUGUAGUGGAGUAAUUCUGAAGGAGGACCUCGUCUUGACUUCAGCUCAGUGCGCCAAUAAAUACAGCUCCUUCAAGGUUGCAGUUGGAAAGCGCAGCAGCAACGUUGAAGACGGAGAGCAGACGCUGUAUGUGAAGCUAAUUCACGUCCAUCCUCGUUACGUGAGAGACCGUCCUGAAAAUGACCUGGCUGUGGUAGAGCUCCGCGACCGCAUAACCUUUAAGCCACAUGUUGUCGCGGCCUGUCUGCCAGAGAAAGACUUCGCAGAGAGCAUCUUAAUGUCUGGAGAUUUGCCGGCUGUUGUCACCGGCUGGAAGGAAUCCACACAGAUGUCCAGUCUCCAGGGCGAGCUCACUAUAAACCAGCUGGUGUACAAUAAGCUGCCUCAGUGCAUGGAAACGUACCCCAACCUGAUGACCAAUAAAAUGGGCUGCACCGCUGCCCGGGCCAAAGCCGACUGCUCCAUGAGCUCGGGCAGCCCCUUGCUCACAAUGUACAGGGAUGUGUUGUUUCUCACAGGGGUGGUGAGUAAGCCAGAAGGGGCUGACUGCACCAAAGGCUACAUCUUCCAAAAAGUGUCCCGCCACCUCAGCUGGCUGCAGACGUUGAUGGGUUCACGUUAGAAAGGUGAAGCGAGGGAA